CCUCAAACAAUCUACCUGGCAUUCCAACCACUCCCACUUUCACUUUGAUCUCCAACCGAGUCGCUGGACCCCGGGACUUUAUUUCCAAUACUGUCUAUCCUCUUUCCAAGCAGCAUAUUUCAUUUGAUAAUACAUAUCUCUCAUCUCACCAUUCUCUCUUUUUUGCAACUGCUGGAACAAGGCUGCCACUGCUCAUGAUAGCCUCCGGAGAUUUACCCGCAAUGACACAUUGAUGGGUAAGACAUCUAGAUGGUUCCGUGCCCUUAUAGGCUCCAAAAAGUCGUCGGAGUCGGCGUCGUCGAGUGGGUCGGGAUUUUCUAGGCCGACAAAGGAGAAGAAAAAGUGGGGUUUCCAGAGAUCCGUCAAUCACAAUGACCACAAGAUUGGUGCUGCUGGGACCAAAGGGUCUCAGGCCCAGGCCUCGUCGUCGGCUGUGUACGUGGAAGCUAUUGACGCCAACAAGCAGGCGAUAGCGGUGGCGGCGGCGACCGCUGCCGUGGCUGAGGCAGCCCUUGCGGCGGCCCAAGCGGCCGCGGAGGUUGUGAGGCUGACGAGUGGCGGUGGAACUAGACCUGCCACCGCCUACGUCAGGGGGAGCCUCCGGCGGCGGGAACUGGCGGCUGUGCAGAUUCAGUCGGCGUUCCGAGCUUAUCUGG